UAAAACUCACAUCUUAGUUAACGUUUUGAUCGAGCGAACCAAAAAUUUAUUUAAUACUUUGCGGACCCAAAACCUAAAUACGGAUAUCUUGCUUGUUUGGCGUUACUAUAAAACCCAUCCACAUUAAGUUAUUUUAGACACUUACCAUGGAUGAUAUUAAGAAGUUUGACAAGGUGGCCUUCCUGGAAGGAUAUCUGCUAAAGCACAAGGAGCUGGGCAAGCGGCAGCGCGAAUACAAGAAGAUCCUGUCCAGCAAACUCAAAACCAGAAAGGAGACGAUCAUCGAGGCCAGUUAUGAGACGGCCAUUGACCAGUUGGAGGAGGAGAAGAACGAUUUGAGGGCCCAAAUCUGGGUGGCAAGUGGAACUACACACAAAAAGGAGAACAACAAGUGGCUCGAACUGAUCCGUUGUCAUGUCGAGUGCCAGGAGAACCUCUCGCAGGACAUCAACGCGCUGAAAACAUCCAUUUCCAAUAUGGAAAAGGAGACCAGUCGCAUGGACAAGCAGAUAUACAACCUGAAUCGUCUAACCAUUCCGGAUCAGCAGCAUCAGGCUUAUGUUAUGAGGGCACGCAAGAGGAUGACCAUUCUGGAGAACUCCUUGGAGGUGGGAGUGCGUCAGGAGUGUGGCUUCACUGCAGACAACGCGGAUCUGAGAGAACAGCUCAUUCGCAUCCUGAACCACCGCACUUUCUUCAACGAUUCGUACACCAAGAUGGUGCAAAAGCUGAAUAGCGAUAAGAAGUAUCUCAUAGACUUGAUUGAGUACGCCUUGAAUACCUUUGAUGGUUGCAUUGAUGUGUACGAGAAGAUCGACAUGUUGGCCAAAAGAGAAGCCAAGGAGCGGGAACUGCGGCGUGUGGAGAUGCAGGGCAUUAUGAGGAAAGUGGCUGCCGAUGGAGACAAUACCGCUUUCCUGAAUUGCAAAUCGAAGGCUCGUGUGCUAGCUGAUUUGCAACCCAAGGAGUACAAGCGACGGGAUGAAUUCCGCAGGGUGCACAACAAGAAGAUCAAUCUGUACAACUCGGUGCUGCAGAAGAUACUCCAGUACACCGAUUCCAACAAUGUGGACGAGGUGAUCGAAAAGUUCCAGCAGCAGGAGAGCCUCUACUACUCCUUCUUCAAUUAUGCCAACGAAAUGAGCUACCACAUCACUUUACUGAAUAAUUCCGUGAACCGCCUAUUCGAAGAUAUAGUGGCCUUGAAGAAGGAGAAUUCGAAUACGUUGCAGGAGCAACUGGAUCAGAUCGCCAGUUUGGAGGGCAAGGUGCGCAACAAGCAGGAAUCCAACAUGGAGCUGCACAAGGCGAGGGAGAGUAAUGAUGCCCGCUUGGAAAACCUGCUGCAGGGCGUGGAAACUGUCUGCGAGAUGUGCUCCAUUGAUGCCAGUCCGUUGACCAAGCUGCUGGGCGAUCACACCCAUGUCAACCUGGUCAAUGUCAAUCGGUUCCUGAAGCUGCUCGAGGUGCGGGUUCAGGAGCUGACGGCCAGCGUUUAUGUGAUGGAACGCCAGGAGGAGGGACGCUUCGACUAUGUGGUUAAGCAGAUCGAGAAGAUCUGCGAGCUGCCCACCGAUCUCAACGACAUCGUGCUCACCCAGCAGUGUCCCGAGUGCGCCGAGGGCGAGGCCUUCAACAUGGACGAGGGCGGCGACGGGGUGCUCGUCCACACCGUCCAGGAGGCCAAGAAGAAGCUCUACGAGAAGGUCACUCAGCCGGAGAUGCAGUACCGCCUCCACAGCAUCAGCCAAUGUCGCCUUCCCAGGUCCCGUCUCCUGGCCGCCAAGCGAAAUAUGUAGAACACCUUCCGAAGGAUCAGCAACCAGGAUCGCCUUUUAUCCUCUUUCGGUUUCUAGUUCAAUGACUAUGCAUGAUUUCCUGGUUUGGAAUUUUCCUGCACGUUAAGAAUCAUCUGCUUCACCCUUUUGGUUACCAUUCAAAUAAAUUUUCAGCUCAUUCUGAAUUAAAUAAAUAUUGAAAAGCUGA